CUGGGCGAUAACGGCAGCUCCUUGAACGAACCAAUCGCAGGAGCGCUUUCUGGGAUUUAAACCGUGUGGCGUCACCUUCACGAAAUUCAAAAUUUUGAAAGAGACGAGAGAGAGGCCAGUGGUGCUACAGUGUAAUUCACGGUUUCCUGCAGCGGUCGUGUGAAAACCUGGAUAUAAUGGCGCAGUUUGGGUUUGAGAACGACAUCCACAGUAUCUUGAAGCUGGAUAUGCCCAUCACAAAUGCUCCCAUGGCGAGGUGGCAGAGAAAGGCCAGCUCGUCAAACGCAUCCGCCUUGAGCGGUUUGUCGCCUGGCAAAUAUGGCAAUGUGUCGCAGAGUUUGUCAAAAACACCGAGCAAAACACCAGGCAAAAAUAAAAAACCAACACCCUCUAAGAUGGGGGGCGACCGCUUCAUCCCCAUCAGAAACAGCAAACAAAUGGAUGUGGCGAGUUUCCUGCUCACAAAGGAGAAUGAGUCAGUGGACACAAACAAUACAACAGGAACAUCGGAAAACCAGAAAGCCUGGUCUAUGUCACUAAAUGGGUACAACAUUGAAGAUGCAAAGAUCCUGCACCUUGGAGGGAAGCCGCUGAAUGCUCCAGAAGGCUAUCAAAAUAACUUGAAAGUCCUCUACAGCCAGGUUACAACUCCUGCCUCUGUCAAAAAGACAAGAUAUAUAUCUUCAACUCCUGACAGGAUCUUGGAUGCUCCUGAGCUUCGAAAUGAUUUCUAUUUGAAUCUGUUUGACUGGAGUAGUCGAAAUAUUCUUGCUGUGGCGCUUCAUAACAGUGUUUACCUGUGGGAUGCCAGUAAAGGAGACAUCUUUCUUCUCAUGAAGUUAGAGCGCGAGGAGGACUACAUCUGCUCAUUGUCAUGGACCAAAGAGGGAAGCUACCUAGCUAUCGGCACCAGUGACUGCAAAGUUCUGUUGUGGGAUGUUGAAAACCAGAAGCGUUUACGCAGCAUGGCCAGCCAUACGGCUAGAGUUGGUAGCCUGAGCUGGAAUGAACAUGUUCUUUCCAGUGGCUCGAGAUCAGGACAUAUCCACCAUCAUGAUGUGAGAGUGGCAGACCAUCACAUCUUUACGCUCACCGGUCACUCACAGGAGGUGUGUGGGCUGCAGUGGUCCCCUGAUGGGCGAUACCUGGCCAGUGGAGGCAAUGACAACUUGAUCUGUGUAUGGCCCCGUGUGCAGGAAGGAAACGCCAGCCAGUUGGUCCGCUGCUGGAGUGAACAUCAAGGAGCUGUCAAGGCUUUGGCUUGGUGUCCGUGGCAGCCAAAUAUCCUUGCAUCUGGAGGUGGUACCAGUGACCGUCACAUCCGCAUCUGGAAUGUAAAUAGCGGCUCCUGCAUCAGUUCACUUGACACUCAGUCCCAGAUCUCGUCACUGGUGUUUGCACCCAACUACAAGGAGCUGGUCUCGGCUCAUGGCUACGCCCACAACAAUGUAGUUAUCUGGAAGUACCCCUCCCUCACCAAGGUUGCAGAGCUCAAUGGCCACGAGGACAGGGUUCUCAGUUUGACUCUGAGCCCAGAUGGCUCUACAGUUGCGACGGUUGCUGGAGAUGAAACUAUUCGUCUGUGGAAGAGCUUUGAAGUCGAUCCUGUAAAGAAGAAGGCCAAAGAGAGGAUGUUCAAAUCAACUAGCAGUGUCAUUCAUCAGUCAAUCAGAUAAUUAGUUUUGAGGUGUUUUUUUUUUUUUUUUUUUUUUGGGGGUCUAUGCUGAAAGAGUUAUGUGCAAAACUUUUAUUUAAUCAAUAAAGAUUUCUACAGUGUUUUUAGCCAUCCUGGUAACUUACUACUCCUAUUGGUAGUGCAAUGCAUUGGUAGUAUCAAUUGUUUAUACACGUAAAGUACGUGUGUUUUUUUUUUUUUUUUAAAGCAGCACUGUUUUUGAAGUGUUAGGACAUUCACUUGGCUUUUAUUGUAUAAUUAGGAUGCAUUGUAUACAAUGGGCUGGGUUAUAAAUAAAUGGUUUGUUUACCAUAUGUGCUUCUCAUUUAAUUGGAAUGUAUUAAUCCUGCCAUGUUGCAAUCUGUAGGGCUAGGACAAGUUAUUUGCUAAAUUUAAAAUGUAAAAUGCUCUCACUACAUGUACAUG